AUGGACGGCGCACAGCGACUGUCGCCCAACACCCAAAAGCAGGGCCGUCGGCGACGCUCGAGCAGUCUCAUCUACCAGGAACCUGCCGAGUCGAUCGAACAUACCAGUGACCAGGCGGCACUGCCGAACCUCAAUGCGAACUGGGUCAAUGCGAAGGGGGCUUGGACCAUCCAUUUCGUCUGCAUUGCAGUACUGAAGAUCUUUUACGAUAUCAUCCCAGGCGUCUCGCAGGAGACAUCAUGGACUCUGACCAACAUCAGCUAUAUGUUUGGCUCCUUCCUCAUGUUUCAUUGGGUGCGGGGCAUCCCGUUCGAGUUCAACGCCGGCGCCUACGAUAAUCUCAACAUGUGGGAGCAAAUUGACAACGGUGAUCAAUACACUCCGACCAAGAAGUUCCUGCUCUGCGUCCCGAUUGUCCUCUUCCUUAUCAGCACCCACUACACCCACUACGAUCUGACCUAUUUCACUAUCAACUGCCUGGCGACGCUAUCCGUGGUUAUCCCCAAGCUGCCUUUUUCGCAUCGGAUGCGAAUAGGUCUUUUCUCCGAUUUUGACGAGUCAUAG